AUGGAGCGGAGGAGCAGCAGAGGGGCAGCGCUCCGCUCCCAGGCUCCCCGGGAACCGCCACCGGGCCUCUACCGCCCUCCGCCGCCGCCGGCCCCGCCGCCGCCCCCCGCGCAGGAGGAAACCAAGGGCCCUCACAGGGUGGUGCACUUCAAAGUGGAGAAGGCUGAGCCGGAGGAGGGGGGUGGCCACGGCAGCCUCGGGGAAAGCAGAGAGUCAAGGGGCGACUUCAGGCGCUUCCCAGCUCCGUGGGGAGGGGAAGAAGGGGCCCGCGUCACCAUCAAGAAGGAAAGGGAGCCUGAACAGGGCGGUGGAGGAAGCCCCAAAGAGAUGAAGGUGCUGGAGAACAGGGGCAAUGGGAAGGAGCCCUGGAGAGGAGCUGCUGUCAAAGCCGAGCCACCUGAGGGGGCCUGGAGAGGAGCUGCUGUCAAAGCCGAGCCACCUGAGGGGGCCUGGAGAGGAGCUCCUGUCAAAGCCGAGCCACCUGAGGGGGCCUGGAGAGGAGCUCCUGUCAAAGCCGAGCCACCUGAGGGGGCCUGGAGAGGAGCUCCUGUCAAAGCCGAGCCACCUGAGGGGGCCUUCGAGGCCGGCAGGGUGAAGGUGGAAAAGGAGGAUGCCCCGGCGGGCUCCCUGUGUGGGCCUGCUCAUGCCAGCCCUGCCGAACACAAGGCGCAGCAGAGCAAGGGGCUUGGGAUUCUUCCUGAAGACCUGAAGAUCCCGGUUGUGUUGCACCCCUUACCUCCCGGGACCCGCAUAGAGAUCCAAGGCCCUCUGCCGCCAGAGCUGAUCCAUUUGACCCAAGUGCCGGUGAAACAAGUGCCUCUUAAAAUGCAGCCUUUAUUGGAACCUUCAGUAAAGAUAGAAACUAAAAAUGUACCCCUCACAGUACUGCCCUCCGAUUCAGGUAUGCCAGAUACUCCAUUUAGCAAGGACAAAAGUGGCCACGUGAAGCGUCCAAUGAACGCAUUUAUGGUGUGGGCUAGGAUUCAUCGGCCCGCCCUAGCAAAAGCUAACCCAACUGCCAAUAAUGCAGAAAUCAGUGUGCAGCUCGGAUUGGAGUGGAGCAAACUGACUGAGGAGCAGAAGCAGCCCUAUUAUGAUGAAGCUCAGAAAAUAAAACAAAGGCACAGAGAGGAAUUUCCUGGAUGGGUUUAUCAACCACGACCAGGCAAAAGGAAGCGCUUCCAACUGCCUGUCUCUGCUGUAUUUUCCGGCACUACUCAGACUAUCAUCACUACAAGUCCAACUGCCAUUGGUCCCUUCCAGGCAUCUGCUUACUCUGUUGUCAUCCCCAAUGUUAAGACCAGUAUUGGACAUCCAGUCUGUGAAGCUCCUCCUGCCAUCCGUCUGCCGGCUUCUUCCAUUCAACAUGCUGGUCCAAUCACUCUUUUCCAGACUACCAGUACAAGCACCCCAUCAGUGCCUGUUCCAGCUCCAACCCUGGCCCUGAGCCCUGUCAUUCCCCUACAGCACUUUGCUAAACCUGCUCAGGCAGAAGCUCUUGAUGUACCAUCUGGGCUCAAUUGUUCUCUGAAGAGACGUACACCAGUUUUCAUUGAGAGCAGAAACCCAAGUAACAUAACCACCAAUAACAGCAGAUUUUCUGUCUCUAAUAGUGAGCCCCCAAAGGAGUACCCAGGGGUUCCUAUUUUCCCUAGAGGUGUACCUCUUCCCCAGGCUACCCCUUGUCUUCACACACGUCUCUACGAGCCUCCUCCCAUUGGUCAGCCAUCCAGCCUGUUUGGAGUACCUCCUCGGUUUCCAUUUUACCACCCUUACUUUGUACCUGGACCUCACUAUUUCCCAUCAAGCACGUGCCCAUUCAGCCGACCUCCAUUUGGCUGUGGGAAUUUCUCCAGCUCACUGCCUCAAUGCCUCGGCUUUUAUGAAGACAGGUACCAACGACAGGAAAUGAUGUUUUCAGCCCUGGACGGAAACUAUCCUUUCAAGGAAUACCCAGGAGAAAGCAUCCGUGAGGACCGUCGCCCCUGCGAGAGCCUUGAAGUAGUGUCCUGUUACAGCAGCUGCAAGGAGGAGAGAUAUUUAAGCCCCCUGCCACAGCUGGACAUCGGAACGUUGGAGGAGGUUCUGUCAGCUCCAUCUACUCCCUCCAGUGUCCACUUCAUCAACGUAACCGACAGCGACGAGGACGACGAAGUCAAGUUGUUUCAAGAAUUGUAGUUUUUCAAACAAAUUAUAAACCAGAGAAAUAAAUAGCAUGGGAA